CGCAUGGUGGACAGCAGCAUAUCACGAGGUCAAGGCAACACUGCCAGCAAUGGGUCGACUGGCUUCAUCGAGCAAGGAAUCUUUCAGCAAUCUCUUCGAGAAAGCAUCGCCUUCUACACCGAAAACUCGACGCAGACAGCCAUCUGGGAGGCUUACCUCCAGAACAGUCUCGAAAGCGCCGUGGAGAGUCUUUCAAACGUCACUCCAGCAGCCGGACUGCCGCUUGACAGGCUGUCGAUCGGAACGAAUAUGAUACAUCAAUACCUGCGCACCAAAGACGAGACUUUCCUCCCAGCCAUCUGCGCGCUCUCCCAAUCCGUGGUCCUGCAAGAACAGAAUGCAAAUGGCGGACUGUGGUACUAUGCCAAUCGCAAGAACAUAAGCGCCUACCAAAAUCUCUCCUACGUGGACGGCAUGUACUCAUAUCCCGCCUUUGCCAUCUUGACUUCCCCGGAUGCCACCAAUGACACUGCCGUCACUCGAGUGGGUGAUCGAUUCGGUGCCGCAGCGGCCUUUAAACAAUUGGAAAUCCUACGUAACAUCACGCAGAGACCCGACGGUCUUCUUCUGCAUGGCUACGACGCGAUCAAGAAUCACACCUGGGCGGAUCCAACGACUGGUGCGAGUCCGGAAGUCUGGGCGCGAGCGCAGGCAUGGUACACCAUAGGGACGCUUGAGGUUUUGGAAUUGUUGCUGUCCGCUGGGAAUACUGGCGACGCUUUCGAAGCAAUCAAAGCCAUCUUCAUUGUUCUGGUUCGUGCGCAGGUCCGUGCGAGUGGAAAGAGCCUCAGCAUCACUGGCACCUACGGUGUAUGGCAAGUCGUGGACCAACCUGGAGCCUCGUUCGACGGGUACGAGAACUUCAUCGAGACAAGCUCAAGCUGCAUGACAGCAUACGCUUUACUGAAGGCCGUUCGACUUGGUAUACUGCAGGACGCGACCUUGGCUGGUCAGGCGUUGGACACCGGGCUUGGGAUCUAUCAAAGGGUGUUGCGGGGCUCUCUGAUCCACAAUGGCAAUGGCACCUUGAGCUUGAACGGGACGAGCUCGGUGGCUUCGCUCUCCGGAGAUCGUUCAUUGCAGUAUUAUGUGACGCGACCGACAGUCCUGAACAGUCUGAUCGGAACAAGUGCCUUUACACUUGCCAGUCUCGAGGUUGAGAGGAUA